CGCCGCGUCCCGCCGGCAGGGAGGGAGGCGGCCGGGCGGGAAGGACCCGGGGAAGGAAGCGACGGCGGCUUGUCCCAGGGCACUGAGGGAGUUGGGGCGUCUCGGAAACGAGUUCGUCUUUGGGAAGGGGGAGAAACAACAACGGCGGCGGUCCCGCGGCGUUACGUAAGUGCCCGAAACUCCUCUCGACUCGUGACUCCACCGAGGCGCCGUGAGGCGACGGGACGGGACGGGCGGAGGGCGCUUCCUGCCCCGGCGGGCUGGUGGGGCCGCGCUCCCCCGACCCUUGGCUCGCCCCGUGAAACUCCGGGUCGUUCUCGGAGCGAGUCGCCUGAAGAGUGUUGACGCUGUGGUAAAAAACCAGCGGAACCGCGAGUCGCGCGGCUGCGAGCAUAAGGAUACUUGUGAAAGAUGGUGGAUCGCUUGGCAAACAGCGAAGCAAAUACUAGAAGAAUAAGUAUAGUGGAAAACUGCUUUGGAGCAGCUGGUCAACCCCUGACUAUUCCUGGCCGUGUUCUGAUUGGAGAGGGAGUCCUAACAAAACUGUGUAGGAAGAAGCCCAAAGCAAGGCAGUUCUUCCUGUUCAAUGACAUUCUUGUUUAUGGUAACAUUGUCAUCCAGAAGAAGAAAUACAAUAAACAGCACAUAAUCCCACUGGAAAAUGUCACUAUUGAUUCCAUCCAGGAUGAGGGAGACUUACGGAAUGGGUGGCUUAUCAAGACACCAACAAAGUCUUUUGCGGUUUACGCUGCCACUGCUACAGAGAAGUCAGAGUGGAUGAACCACAUAAAUAAGUGUGUUUCUGAUUUGCUUUCCAAAAGUGGGAAGACCCCUAGCAAUGAACACGCAGCUGUGUGGGUACCGGACUCGGAAGCCUCUGUGUGCAUGCGCUGUCAGAAAGCCAAGUUUACGCCCGUCAACCGCCGCCACCACUGCCGCAAGUGUGGCUUUGUUGUGUGCGGGCCUUGCUCGGAAAAGAGGUUUCUGCUCCCGAGCCAGUCUUCCAAGCCAGUGAGGAUCUGCGACUUCUGCUAUGAUCUGCUUUCUACAGGGGAGAUGACUGCUUGUCAGUCCACUAGGUCAGACUCCUACAGCCAGUCACCUAAGUCAUCUUUAAAUGAUGUAUCUGAUGAUGAUGACGAUGAAGACAGUAGCGAUUAAGGACCAAACGUUUUUUCCAUGUGUUGCAAGUUGUGUUUCAAACGAUAUGGAGCUGCUUUUGGGGAAGUCUGUAGUGAGGUUCCUCAGAGAAAUCCUGUUCUAGCCAUGAAAUAUGCCUGAAUAUCUUCAACUGCAAUGUGCCUCAAUCUAUGAAUUAUCUAGACAAUAGUUGGGUUUUUUCUCCUCGCAGGGAUAGACUGGUGCAAAUGUUAUCAGAAUAUUUUCCAACUUCAUUUACUUGAGUUGUGUCUAGGUUAGACUUCUGUGGAAGAUUGGAGAACGAAAUGUACUUCCUUAAUUUAACAACCCGUACUUUCUAAUGUU